UUUUAGAUGUUCGAUAUAAUCUUUGGAACAAACAAAAAUGGGUCACAGUCGUACGAGAGAGGAUUCGCGAACAAGGAGUGAACAUGGAUCAAAAAGUAAAGUUAGAAAAAAGGAAGAUAAGAAAAGGAAACGAAGCAGCAAAAACCCAGAAGCUCCUCCCAAACGUUCCCGAAGCUCAGCUCCGGCACACAGUAAGGCCGAGCUAAUUACACCAAAGAAUAAAAUCAAAGCAAAACGUCACUCGUCAUCUUCAUCUUCAUCCUCCCAUCCAUCACCAGAGAAAGAAAGGCAUAAAAAAAGGAGUCACAGUUCAAAAAAGAAGAAAGACAAAGAUAGAAAAAGAAAGAAGAAAAGGAAAAAGGAGAAAAGGAAACUCUUAAAACUGAAGACAAAGCAGGAACUGCCUGAUGAUGUGAGGAUUUCAAGUGAGGCAGUGACCAGCAGUUUGGAAGUGGAGCAGACUGAAAAAGAUGAGCAGAAGGCUCGAAUUCAGGCCAUGCGACCAAUGACAAAGGAGGAGUGGGAUGCCAGGCAAAGUGUCAUUCGGCGAGUUGUGGAUCCAGAAACUGGCAGGUCAAGGGUUAUUAAAGGUGAUGGUGAAGUUCUGGAAGAAAUUGUUAGCAGAGAGAGACACAAAGAAAUAAAUAAGCUUGCGACAAUGGGGGAUGGAUUCACUUUCCAGAUGAGAAUGGGCCUAAAUCAAAGAAUUUCCUAAGUACUCAAGAAUCAAUACUUAAGAUGGUGCCAUAAGUGGUGGUGUAAAAUUUUUCACUGUACUCAGCAGUACAUGUGACAAUAAACCUAAUUCAUUUAUUGUCUUGAAUCCAUUCACUCUCCAUUAUACUCGAUGCCAACUUCAGUCAUUUUAUGAUCGCUGCAGACCUCAGACUGGUUCUAAAGUCUGGUUUCAAUUUAAAGGUAUUCAUUAGAAAGCAGUGACAAAUUAAACGUACAUUGUUAACUUCAUUCUUAGGAUGUGAGCACUGCUAGAAAGCUGUAAUAACUACCAAGCACCUUGGUAGUUAAGAGACAACUGUGUUCUUGUGAUUUUGGAAUUACAUUGAGCCAGACUGCGUAAAGACAUUAGUCAACUGUUUGGGUUUUUGUGAGUGUUUUUAGAUUUGAAAUCUUGGUGUCUGUAUUAGCUUUGUAACAUAAUCACUACACAAGUGUAUCCUGGUAUAUUUUAAUCACAUGUACUGCUGGGGGAGUGCUGGAUUGCUGAUGGUGCUAUCGUUUUGAUGAUGUGUUAAACUAAGGCCCCUCUUUCCUGUUGGAGUCUUUGUAAAAGCUUCAAUGGCAUUUACAAUAUAAAAGGAGUUCUGCCUAUUACUUGGAAACACACAGCCCUCAGCCAAUAGUGUCAAAACCAGUUUAAUUAAUCCUUAAUCUCAUUGCUGUUUGUGGAAUCUGGAUUUAUACAAAUUGGCUGCUUUGUCCCAGAAAAGACAAGGGGAACUUUUACGAGAGUCUUCUGAGAAUGUGAAGCCUGCUUUAGAACAGUUAGCUGUUUCUCUCAGCAAUUCCUUUGAAGAACAUGAUUAAACGAUUGUCAGACCAACUGUCCCUCAACCAACUCAGUAUGCGCACUAGGGGACGGGUGCAGAUUGAACUCUCAGACUUAGCUCUAGAGAGGUGCAGUUAUUUAUGGCUACACUGAAAUCGACCCUGAUUCAAUUGCAGUAGUUACAGUGACUAAUAGAACAAAGAAAAUUACAGCACAGGAACAGGCCCUUUGGCACACCGAUCCAGAUCCUCUAUCUAAACCUGCCGCCUAUUUUCCAAGGAUCUGUAUCCC